GUCUGAGUCUUUUUCAGAGUUUCUGUCUAGAGUCUUUUUUCCCCCAUUUCCUUGCCUUACAUCAGUAAUUUUUCAAAUGGCACUUGACGAGUCAACAAAGAAGAAUUUGAAACAGAUUCCCUUGCUGAAAACAAAUGCGGGUCCAAGAGGAAUACAAUUGUCUUAUUACUUUCAUAAAUAAUAAUAAAGCAAAUGAUUCAGAUUGGUUUAGAUUAGAAUCAAAUUCAGAUGGGACAAGAUGGUUUGGCAAAUGUUGGACAUAUCAUGAUAAAAUUAAAUAUGAAUUCGAUAUUGAAUUUGACCUUCCUGUUACAUACCCUAAAACUGCACCAGAAAUUGCAUUACCUGAAUUGGAUGGAAAAACUGCUAAAAUGUACAGAGGUGGGAAGAUUUGUUUGAGCGAUCAUUUUAAGCCACUCUGGUCUAGAAAUGCUCCAAAAUUUGGAAUAGCACAUGCUCUUUCACUUGGAUUGGGACCUUGGAUGGCUGUUGAAAUUCCGGAAAUGAUUGAGAGAGGGACAAUAACGAAACCUUAG